UGACGUCACGUGAACGUAGGCAGACGUUCCCCACAUCAGUCGUCUCACUGGAUGUUUAUUGUCUGAGGCAGGGCUGCAGUCAACACCAGGAUGUUGCGGCUUCGCUGUAAGACCAAAAAUGGGAGCCACAUAAUGCAGGGAUUGACUCAUCAGUCCUGCGUGCAAGAGCUAAAGACGAAGGUGGAGGAGCUGACUGGUAUCCCCUGUGACGUGCAGAAAAUCAUGGUCGGCUAUCCACCCUCCAGCCUUGAUCUUCGAAACGGAGAUGCUCACCUUAAGGACUAUCCCAUCAAAUCAGGAGACACACUCAUUGUUGAGGAAGAAAAGAACAAGCCAAAGCCUCCUCAGGAUCAUCCCACUGUGACUAAAGCACCACGCCUGGAAGCCUCACCCAUGCUGGCACGCCGAGUGGUCCCGGCUGACAACUCCUGCCUCUUCACCAGUGUGUAUUAUGUGGUGGAAGGUGGUGUAUACGACCCUGCGUGUGCCCCUGAGAUGCGAGGCCUCAUCGCCCAGAUUGUUUCCAGUGACCCUGCAGCUUACUCUGAAGCGGUGCUGGGAAAGACCAAUGAGGAGUACUGCACUUGGAUAAGACGUGACGACACCUGGGGGGGAGCCAUCGAGGUGUCCAUCCUCUCCAAGUUUUACCAGUGUGAGAUCUGUGUGGUGGACACUCAGACAGUCCGAGUGGAUCGAUUCGGGGAGGACGCUGGCUACCAUAAACGCGUGCUGCUCAUCUACGAUGGCAUCCACUACGACCCGCUGCAGAAAGAAACGCCCGGCUCCGACACUCCGCCCCAGACUAUCUUCUCCACCACAGAUGACGUAAUCCUGGCUCAGGCCCUGGAGCUGGCAGACGAGGCUCGCCGCAAGCGUCAGUUCACGGACGUUAACCGCUUUGCGUUGCGCUGCAUGGUGUGCCAGACAGGCCUGGUGGGACAAAAGGAAGCUCGGGAGCACGCCAAGGAGACAGGCCACACCAAUUUUGGCGAAGUGUGAAUACUGUUUUGUCUUUUCUUCCUCUCAUAAAUACAACCACCACCAACCCUGUGCCCCACGUCUGGCAACUCCGUUGGUCUGUCUGUCAAUCUGCUUGUGUGAUCCUCUACCUCACAUUGUCCAGCGACAUCUAUGGAGAAUCUGCAGACACUGUGUUAAGCCUCUAAUCUGUUCAGUAUUACUUUUAACUGCUGUCAGUUCUCAUAGUCAGAAACGCUACUGCAGUGCUCCGAUGUCUUUAAAACCAUCAUUUUAGUCUGUUAGGGAUGGUUUCAAACUGUUCAAAUGGGUCAAGGAAAAUAUGCAAACUAUUCUUAGGAUUUGUUUUAAACUCUUUUGUUACUCAACAGCUCAGUUUUAUUGAAAAACAGAAAGCAGCUGAUGUGUUUCAGUUGAUGCGCCAAAUUGGUAGUACUUACCUGUGACUGACUAAACGUGUAUGUGAUAAAACCCUGCUGUAUGGUUCUAGAAAGAGUUUAAAACAACCACUAAGAAUUAUUUGCACUAUGAUGUGAUCUUAUUCACUGUUGUCUUAAGCGCAGCACACAAAGUAUGACUGUUAUUCAUCAUGUUGAUUAUGUUGUUUAUUAUGGGUUUUUCUCAUUGCAGAUGUAUGUCAGAAACUUUUCCAAUACUAAAACUUAAGAUUUAGCUAACUUUAGAUGUCUGAAUCAUUCAGCACAGUUGGAUUUUGUUGAAGUCCCCCCCCCUCCCAACACAUUUUAAAGUAUGUAAAAAAAAAAAAAAAA